AUGGAUCACCGACCGCAAGCUUGGGGCCGUCCCAGAGACGACGUCUACGGCGCCUACGAUGCCUCCUACGUGCGGCCCAACCAACAUACCCAGAGCCCCAUCGUAACGGGAACGUCCGUGGUGGCCAUGAAGUUCAAGGACGGCGUCGUCAUGGCUGCCGAUAACCUCGCCUCCUACGGCUCCCUGGCGCGCUUCACCGACGUCAAGCGCAUCCGCACCUUCGCCGACACCUCGAUCGUGGGCUUCGGCGGCGACGUGUCCGACAUGCAGUACCUCGACCGGCACCUGACGGAGCUCAGCAUCGACGAGGCGUACCAGUCGUCGUCGGCGCAGCAGCGCCCGGGGCUCAACGCCCGCAGCCUGCACAAGUACCUCUCGAAGCUGCUCUACCACCGCCGCUCCAAAUUCGACCCGCUGUGGAACCACUUGCUGGUCGCCGGGCUCGACGACGAGGACAAGCCCUUCCUCGCCGCCGCCGACCUGCGCGGCACCACCUUCACCUCGCCCUCCCUCGCCACCGGCUACGGCUCCAUGCUCGCCCAGCCCAUCAUGCGCCGCCACGUCCCCGACGAGGCCAGCGUCGCCUCCGUCUCCCGCGACCAGGCCGUCGCCGUCAUCCGCGAGUGCAUGAAGGUCCUCUUCUACCGCGACGCCCGCUCCCACGACACCUACUCCCUCGCCGUCAUCACCAAGGACGGCAUCGAGCUCAGCGAGGCCGAGAAGCUCGAGCAGCAGAGCUGGGCCUUCGCCGACCGCAUCAAGGGCUACGGCACGCAGACCGUAUAA